AUGUCGGCGGAGGGGCGUCGAGCAGCAGCAAGCCCGCUCGUGGACAAUCCAAACAGUCCACGCAAGAUCAGUGCGCCGAGUCCGCGCAAGAGCAUGCUCAUCCCAGCGCCCACAGACGCAGACGACAGCUUGCUCAUCCCUCACGAUGACGACAAGGACAAUCACAACGACAACGACAACGACGAUCAGAACGAGGACGACGGCCAUGGCGCAGAGGAGGACGAUGGCGCCGAGACGCAUGGCGCUGCUGUUUCAAACGGCCACUCCAGCCGCAAGAAGAGCCACGGCGCCACCAGAAGCUCGGGAUCGGACCAGACACAUUCGACUGAGAGCAGAGAAGGACUGCAAACCCCAGCACGACGCGUUGUUGCCGCCGCCGCUGCUGCUACUGCUCCGACGAACAACUCGCCCAAGAUGGCGGCUGCCAACUUGAGCCGCUCGCAACGAGACCUGUUUGACAUGGAUCAGGACGAAGCAAAGGAAGACAUGCACGACUCUGAAUCCAGUCAACGCUUGAGCAAGCCUUCCAGCAGAGCCAGGCGGCAGCAGGAGACCACCUCCACUGGGAGCGAAUCUGAAACAAACGAGUUUUCAACCAUUUCCGCUGCGAAAUCCCGCGCUGCAAUCGCCGCCGAGCGCAAUCGGAUGCUCAAGGAGCAGCAAGCCAAGGCCGCCGCAGAAGCAGAGCAACAGCGCAGAGCUCGCCUGCAAUUGUUGAAAGAUCGUCGCCAGGCACGUCGCUUGGCAAACAUUGAGGCGCAUGGUCAGCGUCAAGAGUCAGUCGGCGCGGCGCUGCUUGCAACCGUGGGUCCUAGCUCUGCCUCUUCGAAAACGCUGCUCGAGACUGGCGGAUUGCGAAGUCGCCGGCCAGACAGGGAAUCAGACGAAGACGAGGAGCCAGAAGACGAGGACGAUGAUGAUGAUGAUGAGGAUGGCGAUGAUCAAGACGAUGCUCAGUCCA